AAGCACCGGGGCCGAGCGCGGCGCUGAUUGGCUGGCGGAGUUGGCGCCAGGGGGAGGCGCCUUGCAUUCCAGAGCCCAGCCGAGGUAAUGAUGUCCGGGAGUCGGGGAGCGAGCGGGGAGAGCCUCGACAGUCAGUCUGCCCGGCCCGGAGAUGCCACCUUGUGCUUUGGGCAGUACCAGUACACGGCCGCCGAAUACCAGGCCAUCCAGGAAGCCCUGCGCCAGAGGCUGGGCCCCGAAUACAUCAACAGCCGGCAGGCCGCCAAUGGACAGAAGGUGUGCUACAUCGAGGGCCACCGGGUCAUCGGGCUGGCCAACGAGAUGUUCGGCUACAACGGCUGGGCUCAUUCCGUCACCCAGCAGAACGUGGAUUUUGUGGACCUCAACAACGGCAGGUUCUCCGUCGGGGUCUGCGCCUUCGUCAAAGUCCAGCUGAAGGACGGCUCAUACCACGAGGACGUGGGCUACGGUGUCAGCGAGGGCCUCAAAUCGAAGGCCUUGUCCUUGGAGAAGGCGAGGAAGGAGGCCGUGACGGACGGGCUGAAGCGGGCCCUCAGGUGCUUCGGGAAUGCGCUGGGGAACUGCAUCCUGGACCGGGACUAUCUCAGGUCACUGAGCAAGCUUCCUCGUCAGCCGCCUCUCGAGCUGGACUUGAGCAAAGCCAAAAGGCGGGACUCGGAGCCGCUGGUGGAGCAGGCCAGAUACAGCAGCUGCUCCGGGGCCUGGCCCAGCCGGCCCCUGCCAGCCGCCGAGACCCCGGCCUCCUCCUCCUCCUCCCCUCGCCCGCCGACCCCUCCAGAGACGUCCUGCCCCCGGGAGCCACCGGACUCCAGCGCGGCCUCUGGCCUGGUGGCCUCGGCCGCGGCCGGGGAUGCCACGUGCCAGCGGAAGCUGAGGCAGAAGCAGCUGCAGCAGCAGUUCCGGGAGCAGAUGGAGAAGCGGCAGUGGCAGCAGCAAGCAGGCCCUCCCACGGACCCCGCGGGCUGGGGGGCGAUAAGCGGUGCUCUACCGGCUCCCCCCGCAAAGCCAAGCCUUCCCUCGGCCACCACCGUCGCCGCCUCCCUGGAAUCCGUGUCGGAAGAGGAGUUGCUCGCAGAUGACCCCGAGAUGUGGGCGAGCGUGGAGGCGGGCGAUCUCACCCCGCCGGCCCCGGCCCCCGCCGGCUACAACCUUGGGCCACCGACUUUACCAGACACCCUCUACGAAACGGGCCGCUACCACCUCCACUGCCCACCAGGAGCCGCUAAUCAGGGCCCAAAGAAGAGGAAGGUGGACCCUUCCUAAAUCCCCGGCCGGGUCCUCGCUCCCCGCACCCCGUGCGGCCCUGCUCCCGGUGUGGCCGGUCCGAGCCCACCCGGGCUCCCGCCUUCCUCGCUGGUUGGAUCCGGCUGUCGGGGAGAAUGGGAAUAAAGCUGCAAGUUUGAUUU